CGCUUAGCCUUAACCUUAACGUCGCCAAUCAUUGUGGAAAGCGAGUUGGAAAAUUUUCCACGUUUCGGAAAAGCGGAUAAUCUUGAACGCAGAACGCAAAACCACAUACUUGUCUGUGACUAAAAAUAGGCGCUCUAUACUUGGUGCUUUGGGUUUUCUCAUAAGUAAUACGUAUCUCGAUGUGCUGUGUGGUCGCCCCAUGCGAGCUCGGCCAGUGUGUGUGUGUGUGUGUGUGUGUUGCUGGCGUGGCGCAGAAAAAAAAUGUUUACAAAUUGGUUAACUUUUUAAAAACGUCGAUCAAGCAUAGAUUUGCGCCAUAUGCCACGAGUCAGUGAUCUAGCUGGAUUCUUUUAAUUUGACAGUUUAAAAAGGCUCACGGUUAGGAUUUGGCAAUUCAGUGGCUUUGAUACGGGAUUUUGAUGAUCAGAAAAUAAAUAUAAACUGCCACACGCUAGCUAGAAUCGAAAUCCCAAACCAACCGUCCCCGUAACAACAAAGACCGGAGGAAAAUCGUUCCAACGUCUGUGAAUCCAAAUUUAAUCCCACCGUUGCAACAUCAUCUCCACACACAACCAGUGCUCCAGAAACCGUGUGUACCGUGGAGGCAAAGCAAAAUAAAACAUAAACAACCGUUAUCGUUCCAUAAGAAAGCACGGAUUGUUAUUAGAUCUUCUCUCGGUGUAUGCGUUCAGAUGGUGGGGUAUGCCCGACGACGACGAUGCAGGGCAGUACAGUAUUUGUGUCCCAGCCUUUCUUUUGCCCAUUAUUGUGUAGCACCGCGUUAAUGCGGCAGGCUGGCCCCGGAGGCAACGCUAUUGUGAGGUGGCCUAAAAAUGACCAUUCACGCAUCGACACCUCACUCCUACUACACUGACGGCUGCUUGAUGACGUCGAACGUUGUCAGCUGUUCGAUGCAUCAUUGGACUGUUAAUGACCUCGACGGCUAGGACGGAGGUUCAUUUUUGAGUGUCUUUAUGCAUUUAAUGUGCUCUUGCACGCAAACCAGUUACAAAGUGGCUCAUUGUAUGGGGUUUACAUUAGAAAGUGUUUGUGAUAAUUGUUCAACCAAUGGCCUGAUAUCCCCGAAAGCGUCUUCAUUUGAGAAACAUUCUCAAUAAAAUAGACACGAACUGAUGUUUCGAGCUGAAUUGUUAUCUAAUUACGUACGGUACACGCUAUCUAUCGCUUCUUUUUGUUUGUUGAUGAGCCUACAGUUACAUCACCUAUCAUUAGCACACACCGUUGCUGGCUUCCCCGAGAAAAGCUCACGUCCCCGUAGGAAAAAAAGAAACUUCAUCAACCGUUAUUAUCAUACCCGUCCGAUAUCGGUAUCGAACCGUCUUAUCAAUCGGAGGUUCUUUGUACGGGUACGUUAGAUAUGGAAAAGCCUCGGGAUCGUACACACGGUCGGCUCCCCUCUGUUACACCGACAUUCGUUCCAAACUUCAAAGCAGCUUUGUGAAGAAAACACUCUCUCACAAACAUACAUAAACUCUUCCAGCACGGAGCAUGGAGAGGGUACCCACUGGACCUGAAAGUGUGGUUUUUUUUUGCACCCGCCUGGUAAUUUGCUAAUGAUUGCUGAACGUGACUAGCGCUGACCGGGCGUUCGAAAGGUGCAAUGGUAAUAAUUUCAAGCCCUCUGGAUGGUUGGAUGGUUCCGUCGUUGACCACUCCACUGUAUCAGCCCGACUCGCUCGCCUGGGCGAAACAAAACUAAAAAACACAAACAAUCACCAACACCAAAAAGACUAAGAAAAUACAAACAAACUAACGGUUAGUGAUUAAAUCGGUGAACAGCGCUUUCGUAACCACCGCUACGCCGUUACCGCGUGCGCGAUCAAGUUGGAAAGCAGCGUUGCAAACGGUUCCAAUCGUUACCUUUCCCAUGUGUCCUGUGGGGCAACUACCGUGUUGCCCAUUCAGAACCUCGAGCCCCGUGGCAUCCAUCGUGCGCACCUCAAACAGGCAAACACAGCCCUCAAUGACGCGGUGAUAAGAUAAACGGGCGGACGCUGAUAAACGGGAUCCGUUCCUACAGUACAUCUGAACACGCUGGACAUCGGCGGCUAGUCGCUGGUGGAUCAGGUGCAAAUCGGUCCUACAAAGGUGACCGUCGAGUCGAUUCGGUGUGUGGUGUGUUGUCGUAGUUCCUAAGUGCCAAAAAACGACCCGCAAACAGUGAACACAGCGGAAACGAAAGAAGCGUCCGCGAAUCGUCCGAAAAAAGUGAAGUGCAUGACAUCACCAACCAGAUCCGAACAACCGUGCCAGUGAAUUCCAUCGUGAGCGCACCUUCCAGAAUGACCGAUCUCUCCCGGCACCACCAUCACCAUCAUCAGGGCAAUGGGUUCGGGUCCGGCAGCAGCAUACACGACUAUCCCGAGCAUCUGAAUCCCUUCUACGAGGAUGAAAAUCACAAACGUCUUCGCUUUUUGGAGCACAAGCCGGCACCAAAAUCCCAGCGCCGCGGUAGCUUGUCCAGUUUGCGCGAUGGACUCCGGGAGCUAUGGCAAUUUUCAUCGAUUCGCUUUGGCAAAAAGCGCUCAUCAACGCUGGGCAUUAACAAAACGUCCGAAAGCCCUCCACCGCUGCGAAGGGAUACGUACGAUGUGGACUCCUUCGCAAGUACCAGUGGUUACCGCAACACGGUGAACGCUCCCGGCUAUGGAACGACACGCGAAAGUCAGUCGUAUACCACAACGCCGCUGUUCGUACGCCAAACACGAUACCGCAGUUCCAUGCAAGACCGUCAGGACAACGGCGGUGAAAUUGGAUUUAUGAGGAAUGAUCGCUACCGCAGCACCAUUCAGAAUGGGUUCGCUACGUACAACACCGGAAUGGUUACGUCUACACCGCGAAAGAAGCAAGCGCCUCCCACACCGUACGGCACAACAUCACGAGCGGGGCAGCAACAGUACAACAACAUCAAUCCUUUCGACGCGGAUCUGGAGCCAGAAGGGGACACCCUGUCGACGGUUAGUGUGGACAGCAGUUACAGCAGUACGCUACGAUCGCGCACCUCCGGAACAAGAACACGCACGAAGCGGCGGGCACCACCACCACCUCCAGUGGCCAUUACACCUGCAAAUCGCGUUGCCCCAGCACCAGAUGAAUCAUCCGUCGUAGAUGAGGCUCAAAAUGAAGACCUUCGCAAUCUUACCGCCGAAAUCGAAAGCUUUGUGCGUAUUUCAUCCAGCAACGUGGACACUUCCACCAAAGAUACAUCGACCGUACGAACGGAUGCGAUCGUGGAAACGCGAGGGAUUAAACCCCACGAUCUUAAUAAUAACAGUGCACAAUCAGAGAUUCCUACUACAGUAUCGACGAUAGAAUGCGAAAUUGUGCAAAAUAGACGAACAGUACAAGGUACGGAACAUGAAUCAUCACAGAUUCAGAAGGAAACCAACAUGGAACUACAAACAGUACCAAAGGAAGAGAAAAGUGAUGAAGUACUAAUAGAAUCACCAAAACCAACAGAAGUGCAUACUAGCACAACGAUUUCUGUUGACACAGCUGUAACGGGUUCUAUCGAAACAAGCCCCAAGCCUUCACCCAGAAAAAAGGUGGACAAAACGCAAACUGAAAUUACUGCUGAUGCUGUCACCACUACUCCCCAGCCAGACGUUGAUUUUGAAAAUCUCGCGCUGCCUGAAACCCCAGUCCCAACGAGAAGGUCAAACCGUGAAAAUCGCGAGAAAUACAUUACUCAAGAUGUAGCUACGAUCCACAAAACGUCGUACGAAAAGCAUACCGUGGCACCGAAAGCAGCCCUCCCAUCAACCACCGAGGAGGGAGAUGACGAUGAAGGUCCAACAACCACGAUCAUAGUGGAUAACUUGCGGUACAAGCAUAAGGUGGCUCCAAUUCAUACCGAGAUUAGCACCAAGAUCGAAAAUGCACGCAUGAAAAUAAGUGAAUCUACCGGCAACCUCCCAACGAUCGCGAACGAAAGCGGCAACAACGACAGGCGCCGCUCUGUUAGAGAUAUUAUCGAGUCAAUCAAUAAGAGUCAGAGUAUGCUCAAGGUUAACCACGAUCAGUCGACCAAUGGUUUGCACGAAACACAGUCAACUGACAGCAUGGCACGAAACAUACGGGAGCUCAAUGAACGCGAAAGGGAAAUUCAGAACUUGCUGCAAGAUAUCGACACACGCUAUGGGGUGCAUAGUGCUGAAGGUGAUAAUACGCUCAGCGAAGUCGCUACUGCCAGCGAACAUCCAAUGCUUUCCGACGGUCGAGGAUCGUACUAUGAUAACUUAACGGAUGAUAAUCUUAAUGAUAACUUGGACGAAAAGAAUAACGCUGCUUCGGGCUUCCGCGUUAAGAAAAGUCCCACCAAAACGGUGCUCAUUGCGGAAGGUGACGACCAACAGUUUCAAGAUUGUAUCAAUUGGAACCCGCUACCGAAACCGAGACGUAGCCAUAUUUUGACGGAAAAUGGAGCAGAUGCCCAGCAGGAAGCAACGAUAUCUAAUGCACCAUCCUGAUGUGCCUUCUACUAGUUGUUUAACUAUUUGUUCGAUGUUGUACUAUUGGAUAGAAUAUAAUGCGUGAUUGUACUUUAGGGACACAAAAUAGAAUAAACUUUAUUUUGCAAUAUUAUUUAUACCUAAAAA